AUGUCGCUUCGUCAGGGGCUAUACCAAAAGCCUGCUUGCACCACAGAUGCCACCAAUGCCUUUGAUUCGCCAGCCUGUAAACUUUGCAAUGGACGCGUCUGCUCCAGGCUCGGCCAUUUAAUUACUCAUCUCUGGUUACUGAUGCUUGCCAGCCAACCGGCCCCAGUGAAUCUUCUGCUAAGAAACAAUAUACUGCGCAUAGAUCCGUCAGCCGAAUGCAAGGUUACCCCCAGCUCAAACUAUUCAGCCACCCGGCGCCAAUCUAUUCCUAACUAUCCUUCUUCAACACAUUUCUCCUCGUCCACACCGUCGACUCCCAUGAUCACUAAUCCAACACUUGACUCUCAACCAAGCGAAAGUUCACUAACAUUUACUAAGCAAAUGCCAUCGCGUGUCGACCCAGGUUCCAUUGACAAAAAGCCGGCAGUGAGUAGCACUGGUGCCCCUGUUGCUGGGGCGACGACCGCCCCAAAAGAGAGCAUCGUCAUUGUGCCCGCAACGAUUGGUGGCUCUCGUAAGGAGACUGCCUAUAUGCGGCUAAGUAACAGGGUUCGCUUGAUCGAAGCCAACGUUUCAGUUAGCAUGCAGUAA